AUGGGUGGAGGCUUCAUGUUCACCGGCAAACCCAUCUCCUCCGCCACAAGGCCGCCGUUCAUCGACGCCGCCAGAAACUUUCACACCGGAGUCUCACCACCGGCGGCUGACGGUGGAGGAACCCCACAAAUCUCCCAUGAUAACGGCGAUGGCAGUUUUGGGUCGGCCCCAACUCGGGCUGAAGUUGAUCGGGCCAUUCUUGAUCUCCAUAGGCUCAUGCAAGGCCUUCAAACCUCUGGACCUGAGCCCAAUGGGCUUCACAGCCUCAGCCCAACCAAUAGUUAUGGGCCCCAUAUGCUGCAAUCUCCUGGAUUUGCUAAAUUUCAUGAUGUUUACUCUAUGAUGCAAAAAGAACCAUCUUUUCAGUCCAUGGUGGUAUCAGUUUCAUGUGAUAAAGGUGUUUGGGAAGCCAUCUUGGGCAACAAAGCAGUUCAGGAUCUCAAAGGCUCUAUCCCAGUAGCAGCAGAGAAUGAAGAAGAGGAUGAUGAUGAUAUGGACAUUGCUCCCGUUUUCUUUGCAUAUAUUGAGGCUGGAGCUCGACUCCUUGAUCGUGAUGCAUCCAUUAUGGCGAUAUCGUCAUGGAAUGAUAACGAACAGGGGCAGUUUGUUUAUGAUCCUUAUGUACUUCCUUGUUCUGAUUUUUUUCCUGGUCUGGGAUGGAUGCCCUCGAGAUUCAUAUGGGAUGAACUGUCUCUUACAUGGGCCAAGGCUUAUUGGGAUGACUGGGUGAGAGUGAACGAGAAAUAUAUGUUGAGCACUUUGCUGGGAUGCUUAAGAAGUCUACCCCCGUGCAAGGGGAACAACAUUUGUUGUUCUGACGACCAAUGA